AUGGCGUCGUUCAUGAAAUAUCCGCGACGUAAUCGCUUGAGAACUGAAAGUCGCACUCCGACGAUGAGACAUAUGCUACACGUUGGUAUUUCUGGAGGAGAAAGUCGUUUUGGUGGUGUUAACGGUUUCAGUUUAAUCGAGAUUAGUGUUAUUUCAAGAUCAUUUUUGCGAUCACAAAUAAGACAUAUGAUACGCACCAUUGUCGAGCAUGCUUACGGCCGUUUGCAGUGGGAACGUUUGAUUUGGUUCCUAAACAAUCCAAAUCCUGAAAAUUUCCAUAAUUCCGGGAUGGUAGCGGCUCCACCCCAAGGAUUGUUCCUAGAAGAUGUUGUGUACGAUGAACGAAUGUUUAUUAAUCCCGUACCGUACCAUUACCACAGCUGGGAUGAAACGGAUGAAGUGCUUUGUGAUGAAUCGUUUUAA